AUGAAUCAGUCGUACCAUGUCUACCUGAACCUUGCACCCUAUAAACGCCGCAAACCAGCAGCCAUGCCUUCCAACCUCGACAGUCCCAAUCCCCUUAUGGAGUGGGAAGCCAAAGGAGGACCAGAACAUGUGGAGAGCUUCAUAUCCGGUUGGCCACAAAACGAGAUAGACAGCUUCUACGACAUGGUCAACGAAGGCGUCAACCCUAACUGUCCCUUCUGGAACUUGAAGGGCCCCACAGCUAUGAGACAAGUUCGAGCCGAGCAGCUUCAGGCGCUAGCCAACCAAGCAGCCUCCCUAAUUACCUACGCUGUACCCCCAGAAUAUCUCGAGCUAUGUGUCAUGAAGGGGGGACAAACGGAUCCGAACACCUUGGGGGUUCUCGGGCUUUUGGGGGUGGACAGCUUAGGGUAG